AUGACAACCGUUCGGUUCAGCCCGAAGCCCAAAAUUCGACUGGUGGCCACGAGGGCUUCCAGAGAGGUCCACUGGGUCUCAGAUGCAGGAAGACGAGGAUGUUCACUGGACAUCGCCGCCGUGUACUACCGGGGUUGGAUGACGGAGGUUGGCCCCUCCCCGAGGACAACAGCACCAGAAAACCGCGCUGUAGGCCAAGCCCGAGGCUCCGACUGGAUCCCGUCUGUGGGUGUGGGUUGGUGGAGGGCUCCGCUGCAAAGUGACCCAAAAGGCCCAGGCCAGCAGGAAAAUGGAUUCCAUCGCGGUCCUGGCGGGUUCGGAAGCAUGGUCAAAUGGAAAGACGUGAUCCUGUUCGUCGAAACUGGGCACGGAUUCUCGAAAGUCAGGUCUCGGUGUGCAAGGGCUGUCUGGCGAUACGAAAGGUUGAACCCGAGGGACAUGUGCAAGGGCCGCGGACGAUCUGCACUUCCUCCUCCGACAUGCUCGAGUGACGGUAGCAGCCGAUGGGAUCACGGGCGUAAAUGGGACCCGACCUCGACAAUCAACAAUGUCCUUGAUGAGACGCCGGACAUCCAUCCCGUAUGCAUGACUUGGAGCACGGUGAGAAGCCGUGAUUCGUAUGCGGAGGCUAUCGCUCGGCUUAACUGCCGUCUACGAUGGUGUAAAUUGAAGGUGCAUGUCAUUCAUGCAGCGGUCCGCAUCUCUCUCCACCGCAGCCGCCCAAAACCGAUGCGCCCCGAGUUUGCGCGAUGA